AUGCAGCAGGACGGAAUCAGCAGUGUGAAUCAACUGGGGGGACUCUUUGUGAAUGGCCGGCCUCUUCCUCUGGACACCCGGCAACAGAUUGUGCAGCUAGCAAUGAGCGGGAUGCGACCCUGUGACAUCUCUCGGAGCCUUAAGGUAUCUAAUGGCUGUGUGAGCAAGAUCCUAGGACGUUACUACCGCACAGGUGUCUUGGAACCCAAGAGUAUUGGAGGAAGCAAGCCGCGUCUGGCCACACCGGCUGUGGUGGCUCGAAUUGCUCAGCUAAAAGAUGAGUAUCCAGCACUCUUUGCUUGGGAGAUACAACGCCAGCUUUGUGCUGAAGGACUUUGCACUCAGGACAAGGCUCCCAGUGUGUCGUCUAUCAACAGAGUCCUUCGGGCGCUACAGGAAGACCAGAAGUUGCACUGGACACAACUCAGAUUACCAGCUGUUUUGGCUCCAACUCUUCCCAGUUCCCACAGUAGGUGUGAGGCUCCCCGAGGUCCCCAUCCAGGGACCAGCCACAAGAAUCGAACUAUCUUCUCCCCAGGCCAAGCUGAGGCCCUGGAAAAAGAGUUCCAGCGUGGGCAGUACCCAGAUUCAGUGGCCCGUGGAAAGCUGGCUGCCGCCACGUCUCUGCCUGAGGACACAGUGAGGGUCUGGUUUUCCAAUAGAAGAGCCAAAUGGCGCAGGCAAGAGAAGCUGAAGUGGGAAACACAGCUGCCAGGUGCUUCUCAGGAUCUGAUGGUACCAAGAGCUCCCCCAGGGAUCAUUUCUGCACAGUCCCCUGGUAGUGUGCCCCCAGCAGCCCUGCCUGUGCCGGAACCGCUGAGUCCUUCCUUCUGCCACCUGUGCUGGGGGACACCACCAGACAGGUGCUUCAAUGACACCCCAUCCCACUCCUGUCUCCACUCCUGCUGGGAUUGCCACGCCCUUCUUCCUGUGGCUUCUUCUUCAUAUAUGGAAUUUGCCUGGCCCUGCCUCACCACUCCUCCUGUGUACCAUCUGAUUGGAGGGUCACGAGAAGCGGCAGCAACCCAUUACUCACACUGA